UUAUAGAACACUUACCUGAUACAACAUAUCCUGUUGAAUUAUUUAUAGAACACUUACCUGAUACAGCAUAUCCUGUUGAAGUAUUUAUAGAACACUUACCUGAUACAAUGUAUCCUGUUGAAUUAUUUAUAGAACACUUACCUGAUACAGCAUAUUCUGUUGAAUUAUUUAUAGAACACUUACCUGAUACAGCAUAUCCUGUUGAAGUAUUUAUAGAACACUUACCUGAUACAAUGUAUCCUGUUGAAUUAUUUAUAGAACACUUACCUGAUACAGCAUAUUCUGUUGAAUUUUUCCUCUGGCUGAAGACUAUAGUUUAAUGUCCAAAUCCCGAGUCCUGCCAACUGUGUCUCCCUGUGAACAGCGAGGGAAGUAUUCCUGUCUGCUCCCAGAAACCAGACAUUGACAGAGGGGUCACAUCUCUCCUCUGUGUAGGAUCAGACAGGCUGACAGAGGGGUCACAUCUCUCCUCUGUGUACGAUCAGACAGGCUGACAGAGGGGUCACAUCUCUCCUCUGUGUAGGAUCAGACAGGCUGAUAGGGGGGUCACAUCUCUCCUCUGUGUAGGAUCAGACAAGCUGACAGAGUUGUCACAUCUCUCUGUGUAGGAUCAGACAGGCUGAUAGGGGGGUCACAUCUCUCCUCUAUGUAGGAUCAGACAGGCUGAUAGGGGGGUCACAUCUCUCCUCUGUGUAGGAUCAGACAGGCUGAUAGGGGGGUCACAUCUCUCCUCUAUGUAGGAUCAGACAGGCUGACAGAGGGGUCACAUCUCUAUUCUGUGUAGGAUCAGACAGGCUGAUAGGGGGGUCACAUCUCUCCUCUGUGUAGGAUCAGACAGGCUGAUAGGGGGGUCACAUCUCUCCUCUAUGUAGGAUCAGACAGGCUGAUAGGGGGGUCACAUCUCUCCUCUGUGUAGGAUCAGACAGGCUGAUGGGGGGUCACAUCUCUCCUCUAUGUAGGAUCAGACAGGCUGACAGAGGGGUCACAUCUCUCCUCUGUGUAGGAUCAGACAGGCUGAUAGGGGGGUCAGAUCUCUCCUCUAUGUAGGAUCAGACAGGCUGAUAGGGGGGUCACAUCUCUCCUCUGUGUAGGAUCAGACAGGCUGAUAGGGGGGUCACAUCUCUCCUCUAUGUAGGAUCAGACAGGCUGACAGAGGGGUCACAUCUCUAUUCUGUGUAGGAUCAGACAGGCCGAUAGGGGGGUCACAUCUCUCCUCUGUGUAGGAUCAGACAGGCUGAUAGGGGGGUCACAUCUCUCCUCUAUGUAGGAUCAGACAGGCUGAUAGGGGGGUCACAUCUCUCCUCUGUGUAGGAUCAGACAGGCUGAUGGGGGGUCACAUCUCUCCUCUAUGUAGGAUCAGACAGGCUGACAGAGGGGUCACAUCUCUCCUCUGUGUAGGAUCAGACAGGCUGAUAGGGGGGUCAGAUCUCUCCUCUAUGUAGGAUCAGACAGGCUGACAGAGGGGUCACAUCUCUGCUCUGUGUAGGAUCAGGCAGGCUGACAGAGUUGCCACAUCUCUCCUCUAUGUAGGAUCAGACAGGCUGACAGAUUAUAUUAUGACAGAUUGUAUUAUGUGUACAGUAUUGUGUGUACAGUAAGUUUGUACAGUAUGUGUAUUGGCAUGUGUGUGUUGCAGCAGUAAACCUGGGACAUCGAAUGGACUUGAUAAGCUGAGUCGUUUGGAACAGAUGGAGCAAGAGGAGUCACUGGACAGAGAGGACCCCAGAGAAUACUGCCAUGGGGGGUACCACCCUGUUCACAUUGGAGACACCUUCAACAGGAGAUACCAGGUUGUGUCUAAGUUGGGCUGGGGAUACUUCGCCACUGUUUGGCUCUGCUUGGACCUCAGGUUGGGCAGGCGAGUGGCCGUGAAGGUUUUGAAGAGUGGAGAAGGAUUCACACAGGCUGGGCAAGAUGAAUUGACUCUGCUACGUUGUGCCAGUGGUCCCACGGCUCGUCACCCCCACAGCCGGAGAAUAGUCCAACUGCUGGAUGAGUUUAAGAUAGCUGGGAUCAACGGAGUCCAUGUAUGCUUAGUGCUGGAGCUGUUAGGACCAGACCUCUGCUGUUGGCAGGUCUGUUUUGGGAACCCAGGACUAUCGCUUUCUUGGGUCAAACAGGUCAUUGCUCAGGUUCUUCAGGCGUUGGACUACCUGCACACUCAAUGUAAAAUCAUCCACACAGACAUCAAGCCUGAAAAUAUACUGCUUUGUUUGGAGGAGCAGAACCCAAAACCGACAGCAGGGGGCAGUGCAUGUCCUCCAUUCCCUGGGAAAGAUGCCAAGUCGAUGAGUAGAGCAGAGAAGGACCUGGUGACUCCCUUCAGUCUGAAGGAGGUCACAGUAAAGAUUGCUGACCUGGGAAGCUCCUGUUGGGUGUACAAACAUUUCUGUGAGGAGAUCCAGACCUGUCAGUACCGCUCACUAGAGGUUCUACUGGGCUCUGACUACGGCCCACCAGCAGACAUCUGGAGUGUAGCCUGCUUGGCGUUUGAGUUGGUCACUGGAGAUUCGUUGUUUGAGCCCAAAGCUGGGAAGACCUUUUCCUUAGAGGAAGACCACAUCGCUCAUAUAAUUGAACUCCUUGGCAAAAUCCCAGCAGCAGUAGCCUUGUCUGGGAAAUAUUCAGUGGAGUACUUCAAUCGCAGAGGUGAAAUGAAUCGUAUCGGGGUGCUGCGAUACUGGGGUCUGUAUGAGGUGCUGGUGGAGAAAUACCACUUCCUGCUGAAGGAGGCCUCUCUGUUCUCUGACUUUCUGUUGUGCAUGUUGGACUUCAUGCCUGAGAGGAGGGCCAAUGCUGCCCAGUGUCUCCUGCACCCUUGGCUUAGCUCCUGAGCCCUGGCCUUGGAGACCUGAUAGCCAAGCCCAUGGGGACCCCCGGAGCCAACUUGAUAAGAAGUUAGGAGAUACAUGUGUUAUGUUAGUGGAUCUGCAGAAACAAACCGAAUAGUGCUCAGUCGCUGAGACUAGGGGAGGAUAUACGUAGUCGUAGUAGGCCCCAUGCCAGUUCUCUGUGAAAAUUAAUAUUUGAUAAACUCCUGGUUAAUCCAGCCACAGUGUCUGAUUUAAAAAGGCUUUACAGCUAAAGCAUAUCUUGCGAUUAUGUUUGGUCAGUGCAAAGUCACAAAAAAACAUACAGCCAUUUUCCAAAGAAGGAGAGGUGUCACAAAACUCAGAAAUAGCGUUAUAAAUAUUCACUUACCUUUGAUGAUCUUCAUCGGAAUGCACUCCCAGGAAUCCCUGUUCCACAAUAAAUGUUUGUUUUGUUCGAUAAAGUCCAUAAUUUAUGUCCAAAUAACUCCUUUUUCCCCGCGCGUUUAGCCCAGUAAUCCAAAUGCUCAACGCGCGAUCACUUAGUUGGACGAAAAGUCAAAAAAGAUAUAUUACAGUUCGUUGAAACAUGUCAAACGAUGUAUAGAAUCAAUCUUUAGGAUGUUUUUAUCAUAAAUCUUCAAUAAUGUUUCAACCGGACAAUUCAUUUGUCUUUAGAAAUGAAAAGGAACUCAGCUAACUCUCAUGGCCGCGCGCCAGACUGAGCUCAUGGCAUUCUGCCAGACACCUGACUGACUCAAACAGCUCUUAAUCUCUCCCCCUUAACUUCUUGCGACUAUAGGGGGUGCUGUUUCAAAUUAGCAUAAUUGUCUCUACAGAUGAAACGGCUUCCUACUCAAUUCUUGAUUGUACAAUAUGCAUAUUACCACUAUUAUUGGAUAGAAAACACUCUAGUUUCUAUAGCCGUUGGAAUUUUGUCUCUGAGUGGAACAGAACUCAUUCUACAGCAAUUUCCCUGACAUGGAGUCAGAUUUCACACAUUUUGGCCCCUGAUCUGGAGUCAGUUUAAAGGCCACUGUGAACGCUAUGAGGAUACGGACACUGCUUACGUCUUCCCCUGGAUGCCUUUACGUGAUGACGCUUUGAAUGGUAUCGAUUGCGCAAUCACAGCCACUAUAAAAGAAAAAAACCUGUAGGUAGGAACUCUUUUACAGCUGCGCCGGACGCGCGGUGGACACCGCCCUGCUCUUUUUCCAAGCAUUAGUGUAGCCAGUAAUAUUUCUCCGGUCAUGUUUUCACCCGUUAUAGGUGUUAACAGCAUCAUAAGGUAGUUAAUUUGAACCGUUGUAUAGCAAUUUAUAUUCUUUUAGUGCGAUUUUGAGGCAUUGCUUUGUUGUGCACUUUGACGCGCUGGGCACAUUUCGGGCUCCCGGUCGUACGUUAGUGGGCAUUUCGAUGGACAAGUGGACAUCUUUCGACCAAAAGAAGAUUAAACCCAAGAAAGGAUUCUUUGCCCAAGAUUCUGAUGGAAGAACAGCUCACAGUAAGAACAAUUUAUGAUGAUAAAUCGUGUUUCUGUCGAAAAAUGUUAAAGCUUACGCCGCCAUCUUGUUUUCUAUAGCUUCGCUUGGCGCAACCUGUAUUGAAAAGUAAGGAUAAUUUAAAAAAUGUAAAUCAGCGAUUGCAUUAAGAACUAAUUUGUCUUUCGAUUCCUGUCAACCCUGUAUUUUUUAGUCAAGUAUAUGAUUAGCUAUUGAUUAAACUAGAUCACACAAAGAUGGCGACCUACAUUUCCAGGCUUGUUUUGCUACUAUUUUCAUUGUAUAACCACGUUUUUUUAUGGCUAAAUAUGCACAUUUUCGAACAAACUGUAUAUGUAUGUUGUAAUAUGAUGUUACAGGAGUGUCAUCUGAAGAAUUCUGAGAAGGUUAGUGAAAAAAUUAAUAUAUUUUGCCGAUGAUAUGAUAUCGCUCUCUUUGGCUAGAAUCAGUGCUCGGGUAACGUUUGCGUAUGUGGUAUGCUAAUAUAACGAUUUAUUGUGUUUUCGCCGUAAAACACUUACAAAAUCUGAAAUGUUGUCUGAAUUCACAAGAUCUGUGUCUGUCCAUUGCUAUGUGCUGUGUAUUUUUAAGAAAUGUUUUAUGAUGAGUAAAUUGGUAAUACAGGUUGCUGUCUGUAGUAAUUCUAGGAGCUUUGGUGAGAUUUGUGAUGCUGGCUGCAAUGGCAAACUAUGAUUUAUACCUGAAAUAUGCACAUUUUUCUAACAAAACCUAUCCUAUACCAUAAAUAUGUUAUCAGACUGUCAUCUGAUGAGGUUUUUUCUUGGUUAGUGGCUAUCAAUAUCUUAGUUUAGCCGAAUUGGUGAUAGCUACUGGUGUUGAGAAAAAAUGGUGGACAAAGAAAAAGUGUGUCUUUUGCUAACAUGGUUAGCUAAUAGAUUUACAUAUUUUGUCUUCCCUGUAAAACAUUUUAAAAAUCUGAAAUGGUGACUUUAUUCACAAGAUCUGUAUCUUUCAUUAGGUGUCUUGGACUUGUGAUUUAAUGAUAUUUAGAUGCUACUAUUUAAUUGUGACGCUAUGCUAGCGAUGCUAAUCAGUGUGGGGGGGGGUGGGGGGUGCUCCCGGAUCCGGGGUAGAUACUCGUGAAAGGUUAACAGCAGAAGCCUGAAACAAGGUUAUGGAGACUGUUGACAUCUAGUGGAAGCCUUAGGAAGUGCAAUAUGACCCCAUAGACACUGUAUAUUGGAUAGGCAAUGACUUGAAAAACUACAAACCUCCCACUUCCUGGUUGGAUUUUUUCUCAGGUUUUUACCUGCCAUAUGAGUUCUGUUAUACUCACAGACAUCAUUCAAACAGUUUUAGAAACUUCAGUGUUUUCUAUCCAAAUCUACUAAUUAUAUGCAUAUUCUAGCUUCUGGGCAUGAGUAGCAAGCAGUUUACUCUGGGCACCUUAUUCAUCCAAGCUACUCAAUACUGCCCCCCAGUCCCAAAGAAGUUUUAAGUAAGGCUACAUGUAUCUCUUCUUAUAAAUGUAUGGAACAUUUGAUUAUCUGUAAAGGAGUGGAGACUGGUGGGAGGAGCUAUAGGAGGACUGGCUCAUUGUAAUGGCUGGAAUGGAAUAAUUGGAACAGUUUCAAACAGAUCAUACAUAUGGAAACCACAUGUUUGACUGCUCCAUUAAUUCCAUUCCAGCCAUUCCAGCCAUUACAAUGAGCCCAUCCUCCUAUAGCUCCUCCCACCAGUCUCCAAUGCUGUAAAGCAUAAUGAAUGUACGACGUAAAAUAUCAUUUAAGUUUUGUAUAAUUUGCUUAAAUGUAAAGCUAGUGCUCAGCCUUUCCACAGCUGUGCUGGACAG